GCAUUUGGAGCCCACCACCACUUCCUGUAGAGUGUAUAGACCCUUUUAAAGUUAUGUACUUCAAUGAUGAACCUCCUCAGUUUCACCACUCUCCAACUUAGAGCAGUUUUCUCUCGGAGACAAAUUCAUUAUCAAGUGUGAGUUCAUCAUAAAACAAUUGAUUGAUAUCUUGCCAUCAUUUAUGGCUUCCUUUUGGCCAUUCUUGGCAAUGUUCAUGGCCUUAAUGGCAUGCAAUUGUUCAUCAUUGGCCUCUGCUUCUCGACAAAGCAUGCAUGUUUCAACCAUCUCAGCAGCACCAACUACAUUGCCAGGUGCCCCUCUAUACUACUCUCCUACCAUGUCACCAGAUAUUGAGCCUUUGUUUCCAACUCCUGGAGGUUCUGCUUUCUCUCCAUCAGAGUCUUCAAUUCCCACAAUUCCUUCUAGUCCUAGCCCUCCCAACCCUGAUGUCACCAAUAGUCCAGGGUCAGUUUUGGCUUUUCCACCUUCAGAGUCUAUGCCAGCUAUGGCCCCAUCUUCCAAGGGUGCAUCUCUGCCAGUUUAUUCAGUUUUACAUCUUGCCAUUCUGGUAAUAAUUUGCAUAAUGCAGCUUCAUGGCAUGUGAAUAGAGAUAGAUGUUGGUGUUUCUGGUUAUGUUUUGGAAGCAUGUUUUGACAGCAUUAACUGUUCUGUGUAAGUUGAAGUGCUAUGGUAGUAUAAUGUUCCAAGACAUUAAGACUUGUAAACAUUUUUAUGUGUCUAUGUGGUAUUCUGGAUUAUUUGAGUGUAGAAAUAACAGUCGAGGAUAAAUUUUUUUCAAGUUAUAUCAGUUCAGGAGAUGUAAUGUAAUAGGAAACUUGCGGUGUCUAAGCUUUACUCUUUUAUUAUUUUUAGUAUAUGCUACAUUUAUCUUUCAUUUU